AUGUCAAUCCAGUCCGGAAGAGAACCACUAGGAACAGAGGAAUCAUCUCGCGAACUCGACAAUCCGCUCACCCGGCCCCCAGAUUUCCCACCCUCACCCCAUGGGCGCGACCACCUCAGCCCGGAAGCAAGAGCGUGGGAAGAAGCCCUGGACGACUUAGAUAAACAACUUGACUAUGAGGAUGUCCACGGCCCAGGAACCUCGCAACAUCCAGGCUCUAGAUGGAAAUACAUUCCAUCGAAUCCUCCAGAAAAAGAUGGCCCCGAAAGCCAACGUGCCUUCAGGAAAGGAUUACUCGAAGAUGCAAGAGAACGAAUAAUGCGCGAAGUAAAACGCGAUUUUGCAGCCCAAGGGCGUGUAUAUAGACUUGCACUAUCCGAGUCAUCCGAGUCCUCAGGGGAAGAAAAACUUACAGAUACCCGCUCUUCUGUUGAUGUGACGCGCAAAAGAGAUGCCAAGGAACAUGCGAAAAAAGAUCGGGGUGAGCAUUCAGUUGAUCGGCCUGAUUUUGAUGCAUCUGAAGGGAGCAAAGAUUCUUCAAUUGAGGCGAAAAUCAGAAGGAGAGAUGACGAAAAUCAAAAGUUGAGGGAUGAUGUGCUCGAUGAAUGGAGUAGGAGGGUUGAAGCUACGUAUGAAAAAGAGGAUUUCUCCUCUGACUCUGAAAACGAAGAACAAGAUGAUCCGAAAAGUUUACUCAAAAAGGUUGCUGAGCUUGAAAAGAAAAGGAAGAAGGUUGAGAUUGUGGAUUCUCCCACCGAAACAACAGAUGAAAAAGAAGAAAUACAUUGGCUCGACGCACUCCAUGCCGAAAAGCUUUCUCCCACAGAAUUCAAAGCUCGGAUGGACGCCAAGUUGCAGGAAUAUGACCGCAGCUAUAAAAACACGCAGCGAGAAGAUGCAGAAAGGGCAGCUCGAACAGCUGAAUGGCGUCAUUUGAGCGAAGAAAUAGCAGCCGCCCGUGAACGAAGGAUGCAAACGUUGGAGCUCUUUGAGGCGUGGAAAGAGGCGCAAAAGCCGAAGUCUCCAGUGCACGAGAGUGCGCAGGAUAAGCAGCGGGCAGCGCAGAUGAGAUAUGAUUUGGCGUUUCAUCGCAAUAAGGCGUUUAUGGAAGUAGCUUCUUCAUUGGGUAGGGGUAGCAAGGGGGAUAAUAACUUGGUUCAUAAGGGUGCUGAGGGUGGAAGUGGAGCACAUCCUUCUCCUGGUGGAAAAUGUCCAAUUCACAAUGAACCUCAUAGUCCUGGAAGUGCGACGGACCAAAAUAUACCUUGGGAUAAAAUCAGCUAUGGGAUGAAAAUGAUGGGUGUGAGUCAAGGUGGGGAGAGUAUAGCUCCUCCUCCCGGUGGACAGAGGCCAUUUCAUAAUGAGCCCCAAAGCUCCUCAAGUGCCGCAAAGGAUACUUAG